AUGUUUCGCGCUGAUUAUUGGGACGACGACCCGAUGGAUGGAGUCUUGGGCUCUGGAAUGCUACGGCCUGGAGCUUCUGCCCGUCGAUUCGAUGAGUAUUACCGGUGUUACCCUGUCGCCAUGAUGCCCGGCCCCGAAAGAGAGAAUGUGAACCACGGCGGCAAGGUCAUUAUGCCUCCUAGUGCCCUCGACAGAUUGACUCGCCUACACAUCACCUACCCCAUGCUCUUUGAGCUUCACAAUGGUUCUAAGGAACGGAUGAGCCAUGCUGGUGUGCUGGAAUUUAUUGCUGAGGAGGGGAAGAUCUAUUUGCCUUUCUGGCUUAUGCAAACUCUUCUUCUCGAACCCGGUGACUUGGUACAGAUUAAGUCGACAGAUCUUCCUCCCGGCCAUUUCAUCAAAAUCCAACCCCAGUCAACCUCCUUCCUUGAUAUAAGCGACCCGAAAGCUGUACUAGAGAAUGCCUUCCGAAACUUCUCUUGCCUCACCAAAGGCGACGUCUUCACAUUUGCGUAUAACGACCAGGUCUACGAGAUGGCUGUCCUGGAGACCAAGCCUGUUAACGACAAGCAAGCGAUUUCCGUUCUCGAGACAGACCUAGAGGUCGACUUUGCACCACCGGUGGGAUAUGAAGAACCACAGCGACAAAGUGGAACUAGUACCCCUCGUGGUCCGGGUGGACUGCUGCCAUCCGGUGGGAUGCUCCAUCCCCACGGGACCAUGGCACAGUCCAUUAACUACGCUGCGAUUGCUCCUGAAUCGACGGAUGCUGCUAAAGGUGCCAAGGCUGUUUCAUCGAACUUCCUUGUUGGGGGGCAUCGUUUGAAUGCCAAGAAGGGCAGCAAAACUCCCACACCCAAGGCUUCUACACCAGUCCCGGGAGCAACGAAUCCCCAGCAUCCUCCCCCGGUUAGAAGAACAAACGGACCCCAACCUCUUCGACUGCCGCCUAAUCAACUUUUCUUUGGGUAUGCUAUCAAACCUGUGAAGAAGCGUGAUGAGAAGGGCCAACCGGUCGAAGACGAUGAAAAGCCUCGUUUCCAGGGAUCUGGCCAAACGUUGCGAGGAAAGAAAAAAGAUGCAUCAGGUUCUGCAACACCCACUUGA